GGUUUUGCCCUCCAGCCUCCGCUCUAUCCGUGACAGCCCAUCUUCCCAUCCGGGGCCCCCGUGCGUUCUGGAGCUCGGAAUGUUCCCAGAACUCAAUAACCUUCUCAACACUACCCCUGAAGGGGCGGAGCAGGGGAAGCUGACUCUACUCUGUGAUGCCAAGACAGAUGGCAGUUUCCUUGUGCACCACUUUCUCUCCUUCUAUCUCAAAGCUAAUUGUAAAGUCUGCUUUGUGGCCCUCGUCCAGUCCUUUAGUCACUAUAAUAUCGUGGGGCAGAAGCUGGGUGUCAGCCUGACCGCAGCGCGGGAACGUGGGCAGCUGGUGGUCCUCGAGGGUCUCAAGUCCGCGGUGGACGUCUUCUUCCGGCCCCGGGAGGAGCCGCACCCCCUGCAGUUCCUCAGGGAGGCCAACGCCGGGGACCUGCAGCCACUGUACGUGUUUGUGCGAGACGCCCUCCAGCCUGUGGACAGUGGGGAGGCCGCCUGGAGGUGCCCGGUGCUGCUGGUGGACGACCUCAGCGUGCUGCUGAGCCUGGGCGUGGGGCCAGUGGCAGUGCUGGACUUCGUCCAUUACUGCAGGGCCACCGUGUGCCAGGAACGGAAGGGAAACGUUGUGUGCCUUGUACACGACAGUGGAGACACUGAGGAUGAGGAGAGCGACGUCCUGCUGAAUGGCCUUAGUCACCAGAGCCACCUGAUCCUGCGGGCUGAGGGCCUGGCCACUGGCUUCUGCAAAGACGUGCACGGGCAGCUGAGGAUCCUGUGGAGAAGACCACUGCAGCCCACCACCCACCGGGAUCGAAGCCUCACGUACCAGUACAAGAUACAGGACAAGAGUGUGUCCUUUUUCGCCAAAGGAAUGUCUCCUGCUGUUCUGUGACCUGAUUUAGGGGUGGUUGAAGCUACCUGGGACUGUUUUUUGGUGGUGAAAGAUAAAGCAACCGAGCAGAAAUGGGGUCCUUUGGAGCCUUCUUCAUACAAAACGCUUUAGCUCCAACUCCCCAUUUUUGGUUGUGGUGACUUUCAAAGCUGGAGUGGGUGUGAACGUGCCAGCCAGGAGGCAGUCCUGGAUGGCAGGUGUCCAGGGUGACAUCUAGGAUAAGCGUGGCCGAUACACAGUGAGCUCCCAACUCGUGGCUUCCCGUGGAUGGUCACGUUUACUUUUCACCUUCAUCCUGACACAGUAGCUGCUUUUCUUCUCAAAAUACGGCAUUUGAUAGAAUAUUUUAAAAUUACGAGUUUAAGUCACUUAAAGUAGCUAUUAAAGAACGCCAUUCUUUUAUUAAUAUGUAAGUAUUUAUACACGCUUCAUAUGAGCUGCAGUUCUGAAUGGGUAAGGCACCGCAGGACGCUUUUUACAUGAUAUGUCUUUUUUCACUUGGUUUAUAAAUAUUUUCAGUAAACUUUUAAUGUUUAAUAGCUACUUAGCAUUUUAUGAUAUCAUUAAUUUCUAAUUUGCAUAGCUAUUCUCUGGGCAUGUGGGUUCUGAUUUUUGUAAUUACAAAUUAUGCUGUUAUGAAUUUUAUGUACUAUGCCUGUUUGGGGAUUGAGGCAAGUACUUGUUUCCUUAGAACAGUCAUCCAUUCAGCAAAUAUUGAGCACCUUCUGAGGGUGUGGGGCUUCCCUGGUGGCUCAGAUGGGAAAGAAUCUGCCUGCAAUGUAGGAGACCUGGGUUUGAUCCCUGGGUCGGGAAGAUCCUCUGGAGAAGGGAAUGGCAACCCACUCUAGUAUUCUUGCCUGGGAAAUUCCAUGGACAGAGGAGCCUGGCAGGCUACAGUCCACGGGGUCACAAAGAGUCGGACACGACUGAGCAACCAACACUUUCUGAGGGUGUGACAAUGACCAAAUAGGUCUCUGCCCUCGUGGAACUGACAUUCCAGGGGAGGAGACAGGCAGUCCACAGAAUUGAGAAGUAAGGGAUGUAGAGUUAGACCAUGAUCAGUGCUCUAAAUAAAGCAGAGAGGGGGCCUACGAGGGUAAGGAAUAAUGGCAUUUGAGAGCCUACUCCCUGGAGUGGAAUUCACGAUUGGAAGCGUGGGCCAGCCCCCAGCUGCCAUCAGGUCGUCCCAUUCUGGAUGACGGCACCAGUGAACAGCCACCUGUUGGUUUCCUCCACCAACUUCAGGUUGACGACUAGAUAUAAUUUUCUGAAUUUUCCCACGUGUAUAGAUCUCUUUAUCACCCUUAAUCAUUUACCAUUUAAAAGCUGGUGUCAACCUUAUUUUUUAUUCUUUGUAAUAGUGGGGGAAGUAAGAUUUUAUCAUUGCCUUUGUGUAUGUUUUUCUACAUCCUGGUUUUUAGAAAAUAAUCUUCAGAAACAUUUUUUUAAUAUUCAGAUACACAUCAAUUCAAGAAAUAUUUUUCAAAUACCUGUUUUACAUAAGGGCUUAAUAAAAUAAUGACACCUGCUGUGCUUGAAUGGGCAUAGAAAAUAGGAGCUAAACGUGAUGCAGUGGAGAAGGUAACAAGGCCCAUCAAGGCAGUUCAAGUAAUGUGAGUGAGGCUUAUAGGCUGAUGGUCACAGGAAAGAGCAGUUAUUUACCCUCACUUUUUUUGUUUUCUUUAAAUUGAGGGGGCAGAGAAUCAGGGAGGAAUAUAUGGAAGCAGUACUAUUUGAACAGGACCUUGGAAUGUUCUGGGUUUUUUUCCUGAUGGUAUGUUAAUUCUUCAGAAUUCAGAAAUGUAUGUUUCUUCCUUGCUGGAAUGAAGGUGCUAUUC